AUGGCGAUAAUGAUGAUCAAGAAUCAUGUAAGAUCGAUAAGCUUACCUUCAAGAACUCAUCCUAGCACAGCAGCGAUCGAGGAUUCGCUCGAUAAACUUCUUAUCACUAUGAGCACGAAGACAAUGACGUCAUCAGAACCGGUAUACUCCGGUUUAGAAGGUUUAGAGGAUCUCUACGAGUGUACGGAGGAGUUUCUGAAGAUGGGUUCAACGCAACGUGUCUUGUCGUCUAAUGACGAGAGAAGGAAGAUGAAAGAAGAGUUUAUGGAGGAAAUGCUUGAUGGUUCGUUGAAGCUAAUGGAUAUAUGCAACGUAUCUAGGGAUCUCAUGGUUGAGACUCAUGAGCACGUUCUUGGUCUUCAGUCUUGUGUAAGGAGAAGGAAAGAUGUCGAUUUCUCGGGCUAUGUCGGGUUUAGGAAGAACAUGAGGAAAGAAGUGAAGAAGCUUCUUGGAUCCUUGAAGAACAUUAAUGUAGGGUUAGUGCAUGGUCGUUAUCAAGACUGUGAUGUUCAUUUCUUGGCCGUGAUUCAUGCAAUGAGACGUGUUAUUUCGAUGACCAUUUCGGUCUUGAAGUCAUUCUUGGAGUUCUUGUCGGGACGACAGAACGGCAACGACAUGAGGAGCAAGUUGGCUUUGGUCCUCAUGAACAAGAAAUUUCAUGAUCACGAUAAGGUGGUCAAACACGAGUUGGAGGAUGUAGACUCAGCAAUUUUUAGAGAUUCUUGCUCGCAUGAGGAUCUGAAUAAGAAGCUUGAGGAGCUUGAGAUAUGGAUUGGAAGGUUCGAGAAGAAUCUAGAAGGAUUGUUUCGAGGGUUGAUUAGAACACGAGCCUCGCUUCUCAACAUAAUCUCUCAAUAG